UGUUUAAGCGAAAUUUAUUGUUCCAACCUCUUAAAGGGAGAGUUCUGUAUGCGAGAAAGUGUUUGGAAUAACAGGUGCUUAGUUUGUUGUGAACAAUGGAUAAUUAUUAUAGUUAUUGGAACUAUUGGAAGCUGCCCUUGAAACUUCAUGAUUUCAUGGCAGAAAUUGAAAACAUUGAUGACGAUGAAUAUAACACUGAUGAGGAUUCGGGCGACGAAAAUGAAGUGGAUAUAAACAACCUCCCUGGAAGUCAGCUGAUGACUGAAGUUGAGGUUGUAUUUGAAAACAAGGGAUCAAACCAAACUACAGUUAAGAGUGAUUUUGAUAGCGACGAUGACCUACCUUUGUCUACCUUUCUUACGCAAAAACGACCAAAAUUAUCAAAACCAAAUUACUCUUGGAAAAAAGGUGACAUCAACCAAGAUUUUCCAGGAUGGGUAAACGCAAGUGGUCCAAAAAAUUCUUUAUCUCCUUUAGAACUAUUUUUUCAGUUUACAGAUGACGAAAUUACUGACUUGGUUGUGAAAUAUUCCAAUAUAUAUGCUAUUCAGCAUAAUCUCCGAGGUGAUAUACAUUCCAGUGAAAUAAAAUGUUUCAUUGGUGUAUUACUGCUCUCUGGAUACAACUCAUUUCCUUGA